AUGCUCAGUCGCCAAUUUGCACGCGCCGCUGCCGUCACUCCUCUCGCAGGCGUGCGAGCUCUGAGCUCGACUGCUAUCUUUAACGGUCGCACACCUUCGCUGGGAGAUGUCAACCCUACACACGCAGAGGUCGAUAAGUUCAGUCAGAAGCAGAAGGAAUUCCGCGAUCACCUGGUCGAGGCACAGAAGAAGCGAGAAGCCAGACGCUCUGAGGAGGUGAAGGAGCCGGAGCCUACCCGUAAGGCGGGCCCUUUGACGAACCUCAUUUACGGUACCAAGGAGGGCCGUGAGCUCGAUGCUCAGCUCGAAGCAAGCUUCAGUCAAGUUCUUGCGCGUGGCAAGUACGUCCAUUCGAUCGUUCUUCACGAAGUCAAGCCUGAGAAGGUUGACGAGUAUGUCGAUCUCGUCGGGAAAUGGUACCCUAAGAUGGCGAACGCCCCAGAGAACAAGGUGAACCUGGUCGGAAGCUGGAGGACAGAAGUCGGCGAUUGUGACACCUUCGUCCACAUCUGGGAAUACCAAAAAUACGAAGGUUACCAUCAGUCCCGGUACUCAAUUACUCACCACCCCGAAUUUGCCGACUUCGACAAUAAGCUAAAGGGCCUAAUCAACUCCAAGAACGUCUCUCUCAUGCAAGAAUUUUCUUUCUGGCCAACCACUCCCCCACGAUCGCUCGGUGGCAUCUUUGAGCUGCGUUCUUACACACUGCACCCCGGCAACCUGCUCGAGUGGGAAACACACUGGCGACGAGGCCUCAAGGCCCGCCGUGAGGUUAUGGAGGGCGUUGGUGCUUGGUUCGUUCAGAUUGGUGACCUCAAUACAGUCCACCAUCUGUGGCAGUUUGCCAACCUUGAGGAGCGUCGAGGCCGUCGUGAACAGAGCUGGCAGGUCGAGGGCUGGAGCGACACAGUCCACAAGACAGUGCCUCUUAUCCAGAGCAUGAAGUCAAGGAUCCUCGUCCCAAUGCCUUGGUCUCCUGUUCGAUAA